AUGUAUCGCGCAAUCUCCCGGACGCGACCACGAAGCAUUGCACAGCGACGAAUAAUCCAAAUGACGAGCCAGAUCAGCAACGCCGCCAAUGGCGAGCAGAAGACAUAUACUAUCCGGGAUCUACCAAAGAGCAACACAUUCACCCAAAGGCUACCACCGGAUCAAGAAUACCCAACACCGGCAUCAUCACACAACGCAGAGCGAAAGAAGCUGGGACCACGACUAGUGAAGAAUGCAGCAUAUACCUUCGUACGGCCAGAACCGUUCAAGAAGUCUGAGCUAGUAGGAGUAUCGAAAGCAGCAUUACGAGACUUGGCUAUUGACCCUGCAUCGAUCAAUGAUGAAGAUUUCAAGAAGACGGUAGCCGGCGAGAAGAUCAUAACCAUCGAUGAAGAUAAAGAGCCCGGGGACAAGGAUGUGUACCCUUGGGCACAGUGUUACGGAGGAUACCAGUUUGGCCAAUGGGCUGGACAACUAGGUGAUGGACGAGCCAUAUCUCUGUUUGAGGCGAACAACCCGAAUACUGGAAAGCGGUAUGAGAUUCAGCUAAAAGGUGCUGGAAAGACUCCAUACUCGCGUUUCGCAGACGGCAAGGCUGUUGUGAGGAGUAGCAUCAGGGAGUUUGUGGUCAGCGAGGCUUUGAACGCGCUUGGGAUACCUUCGACGAGAGCUUUGAGCUUGACACUCGGCCCAGAAGAGACGGUGCGAAGAGAAACGGCAGAGCCGGCUGCGAUGGUGGCAAGGUUUGCUGAGUCGUGGAUAAGGGUUGGCACCUUUGAUCUACCGAGAUCAAGAGGCGAUAGAGAUAUGAUCAGGAAGCUGGCAGACUACGUUGCUGAAGAUGUUUUCGGCGGCUGGGACAACUUACCAGCAAGGGUGCCCUCCACAGAAGAGAAGGACGUCGCCGACGUACAGCGUGGAAUCUCCAAAGACUCCAUCGAAGGCGAAGCCGAAACAUCAGAGAACCGCUACACCCGCCUCUUCCGCGAAAUCGCCCGCCGCAACGCAAAGACAGUAGCCCACUGGCAAGCGUACGCCUUCACAAACGGCGUCCUCAACUCCGAUAACACCUCCAUCUACGGCCUCUCCGUCGACUUUGGCCCCUUCGCCUUCCUCGACAACUUCGAUCCCAACUACACCCCCAACCAUGACGAUCACAUGCUCCGUUACUCCUACAAGAACCAACCCUCCAUCAUCUGGUGGAACCUCGUCCGCCUGGCUGAAGCAUUUGGCGAACUAAUCGGUGCUGGCGACUGGUGCGAUGAUGCCGAGUUCGUAGAGAAGGGAGUCCGACAAGAACGGGCCGAUGAACUCAUCAAACGUGCCGAAACCGUCAUCGACAGAGUCGGAGAAGAAUACAAAGCCGUCUUCAUGGCCGAAUACAAACGUCUAAUGACUGCCCGCCUCGGCCUCAAACAAAGCAAAGAAUCCGACUUCCAAGACCUCUACUCCGAACUCCUCGACACGCUCGAAGCCCUCGAGCUAGACUUCAACCACACCUUCCGCCGCCUCAGCCACAUCACCAUGUCCGAGCUCGAAACCGACUCACAACGAAAGGACGUCGCCGCCCGCUUCUUCCACCACGAAGGCCUGCCUGGCCUCGUAUUAGCAGACGGCGGCGAAGACAAAGCGCGUGCCCGGAUCGCGAAGUGGUUGGAGAAGUAUAGAACCAGAGUCUUUGAGGACUGGGACGAUUCCCAUGAGGCGCGGGAUCAGAGGUUGGCGGGGAUGAAGAGCGUCAAUCCGAAAUUUAUUCCGAGGUCGUGGGUUCUGGAUGAGCUGAUUGAGCGCGUGGAGAAGAAGGGGGAGAGGGAGAUCUUGAAGAGGGUCAUGGAUAUGGCGCUGAGGCCUUUUGAGGAAGAGUGGGGAUGGGAUAAGGGGGAGGAGGAGAGAUUUUGUGGGGAUGUGCCGAGGUAUCAGAGGGCUAUGCAGUGUAGUUGUAGUUCUUAG